GGUUGGUCGCACACAAAAAUCAGUUGACAGUUACUCGGCUCGAAACUUGAAAUGAUUUAUCACUCACGUUAGUUCUCAAUUUAUAAUAGUGAUAAUGUAAUUUAUAUACAAAUUUCUAUUUAGUAUAGAGAUCUAGUUAAUACAUAGAAACGUACAGUAACUUUGUGUAUUUGCCUAUAUUAUAUAUCAAAUAUGAAGGAUCCAUUUGAAACAGACGCAACUAUUGAUUCGCCCAUUCAUAGUCUAAAAAACGUUGAUGGGUGCUACAAUAAAAAGCUAUUCAAAACUAAAUCAUUCGCUAAUUCACGUCGUGCCUUGCAAUCCGGGGCUGAAAAGAUAUCAAGAACUUUUAGAAGUGUGAGAAAUACUUUCGGAAAUUUAUCACAGCACUUUAGGUUGGGUGGGAGACGCAGGCAUCGUCUAGCAGAGACUGGCUCUCCAUGCCGUACUCCAUCCACACCUGUCACUAAAAAGAAGAUACUUGGCAGAAGCCCCACGAAGUUGUACAGUCCAUUUGGUAUCGAGACUCCGCACAGUCGCGACUUCCGGAUGUCCCCGUACAUGCCUGACACGCCUGAUCAUGGAUUAUCACCAAAGCGACGCAAAGGCGUCACUCAUUCGUGGCAUCUUCUCGCUAAAAAGAGACCCAGGGCGUUGUUCCAUUAAACAAACCGUCUAUAAUGCAAUGUAACGCACAAAUGUAACCCACCGCGCUUAAUGUAAGGAUCUGCUUUGUUUCAUACCUUAGAUAGUAUUCAUUACACGUCUAAUCGAGAAAGUUGUCAUUUUGAAAGAAAAAUAUCUCUCAUUCUAAAUAUAUUGAAUAGGAAAGUAGUAUUAUGCCGAAACACUGAAACAAUUAUGUUGAAUUUGGGUAUAGGGAUAAAUAGGACAUUUGAGACGGUAGUGGGCGAUAUUUUCCCUCGAAAAUAAAACUUAGAUAACCAAUGUUAACGGUAUAACAAUUAUACACAAGAAUAAGUACAAAAACAUACAAAGUUAAGCUAACAGUUGCUGAUAUAAGCUCAAGCUCAGUGAGCUGCAACUAUACAGCGCUGGUUUUCAGGUGUUAACAUUGAAAAUUGGUAUGAAAGUAUUAAGAGUUAAUUAUUUUUUUAAUAAUGGAUAUAAAACUUGUAAUUGAAGAGACUGUAUGGAAAUACUACACAGACAGAUACGAAAUCAAAGGCAUCAGUUCUGCUUUGUUUAAGACUAGAUAGCUGUGUGAAUUGUCCAAAGAUACAUAGAUAGAAUCUUUAUUCAUAUCCACUGAGACAAUUAUGCUACAAAUACGUUUAAGAACGUAAUAAAAAACACAAUACACAAAAGACAAACUAAAAACGAAUUACACUAGGGAUAUUAAAGGGUAGCUGCCCGAAAGCGGCAGAAAUACGUGCAGCGUACGCAUUAACGCAAUAAUACUUAAUUAAACUUACCAAACCUUAAAAAGAAAUUAAUUGAACCAUUAUUUAACUACAUAGAAAAUGAUUAUGUAAUUAUAAAAAAAUUACGUGAUUAUUUUAUUUAUUAUUAAACAAUUACUGUUAAGACAAACUAUAACAAUAUUAUUUAAUAUCUAAAUACAAUACAUGAAAUUAUCAAAAGGACAAAUUUCUCCAUAAGCUGUGUUAAAUAUGUAUGCAAUUGGUGCUAUAUCUAAGGAAACAUUGAUGACAAAAAGUGCACAACUCAGUCUCAAUUUAAUUACAACUUACUAUGAAAUGCUUUACUUUUUAAUGGACGAUUGA